GUAGGCUGACGCCACGGCACUCUAGCCCAGGUGACAGAGCAAGACUCCAUCUCUAAAUAAAUAGUGUCCUGCAGGCAGUGGGGAAAAGACUUAUCAGAGUGGCUAGUGACAUCAGAUUCAGCAGGAAGCUUGGUAGAAGCCAGAAAUAACCGAGGCCUAAGGUGAGGAAGACCAAGUGGAAGACAGCUCCCCUGGACGUGAGGAAGUGUCCAUGGAUGGUGGCAGCUGGACAGAGGAAGCCUGGCUGGGAUCCAACACUUCCCUCCCUGUCUUCUCCCCAUCUCCUCUCCCAACCCAUCCUCACCAAGGCCUUUGGUUUAGUGCCCUAAAUACUCCCAGCGGGAUCCGCUUCUCAGCAUCUCCACCCUCGUGGGCCAUGCUGCCCCAACUGCUCCACGCAGAGCUUUUCACCCCCUGCUCAAAACCCUUUCCUUGGUCCUCUAAGCCCCCUGUGGCCUGCCUUGCCUGAGUUUGUGCCACUAUUGCCUGACCUGUGCCCUGCACCCAGCUGCCUCUCAGUGCCUCCUGCCACACUCCUUCCCUCUACCCAGAAUGCUCUCCUGUCAGAUAAGCCACCUUUACCUGCCUAUGCAUCCUUGACCUAGUCAUCAUUUGGGUUUCAGCUCAACUUUGUUUCCUCCAGAAACCUUCUCUGACUCCUCUGCUGCAAACUCAUGCUCAUCACACGUCAUGAGCUCUGUUAUUUGUUGCAUCGUGAACAUCUUUCACUACUGUAUGGCCGCUCCCUGACUUACGGGGUUCCCCCAGCUGGAAAUAGCACUAAAUGCCUCUAAAGGAUAAGGUGGCUGAGAUUGUGGAUUGCGAAAGUCCUACCCCACAGUGAUGGCCACUGCUGGCCUGCCACCUUCAUGACAGGCAAUUAUCUUUCGUUCCAUCUCUAGAGUAAUUGCCUUCUUCUUGCCAGAAGCAGGGUACACAGAUGGCAUUCGGUAGACACAGUGGGAUGUGAAAACACAAAGUCCAGAAAACCCUGGCCAUGCAGUGUACCGUGGAGCGUCAGGCAUUUAGCCUGGUGACCUCAGGUCGACUGGGAGCCACGGCGGCUCGCUGCCACCGCCCAGCACCGCAGAGAGUCUGAGACUGCAAAUUGCUAGGCUGGGAAGAGAUCCAAAAUCCAAAAUUCAAAGUUCAAUGGUUUCUAUUGAACACAUCUUGCUUUUGCACCAUCAUAAGUCGGGGAUCGUCUGUACUGUGGGUUCCAUGGAGUAGGAAUGGAGCGAUGGUCUUUGGCCAACUCACCCUGUACCCCAAGUGCUGGGUGUACUUUAUACUCAGAAGGUAUUGCCCUCACUGAACAUCUGAGCUGACAGUCAGGUAACUGGGCUGCUUGCUACACCUCCCAGCCUGUGCUUCCUCACAUACAGAAGAAGAGACUGUCCCAGACGCCCUCUCUGGUUCCUUCUGGGGGGUAGCUCCCAGGCAUCCAUGCAAGCGGGCAAGAGGGGCCCUUCUGGAGGCAUCCGGCCCUAGAGAGCACCUGCCCAAGCUGCCAGGCGGUGAGUCUCUGCCUUGCUACCAAGCUUGUUAUUGUUGCCUGGCCAAAACCUGAGCAGGGUCCCUGUGGCAAGAAGGGACGGAAGCACAGUCUAGCAAUUUCUAUCAUCCUUCUGGCUCUGUCCAAGCUACUGCCAGUUCAGUCUGUUGUUCAGACAGCAGCCGCUGAAACGCCUAGGGGAAAAAAGCUUUGUCCAGCAUUGUCUAAUUCCUUGAGUGCAGCAAUGUGCUCUGUGGCAGCACAAUCCCAGAGGGUCUGGAGCAUUCUCAAGGUGUGGUCCUCGACCACCUGCAUCUCGCCUGGGAGUACAUGGGCAGGGUGCAUUCCCUGGCCCUGUGGAUCUCUUGAGAUGGGCCGGGCACAGGCAUUUUGAACAGCCUCUCCCAUGUGACCCUUAUGUACAUGAACUACAGUCUGUGGCCAAGAGUUCAAACCCAAAGGGCUUGAAACGAGAUCUGAGAAGUGAGCAAAUCUGAACUCUGGGGCCGUGAGACCAGGGCUCCGCGUGGCCGGCGGCACUCAGCUGCCCGGCUCUGGCAAUCUGCACGCUGGGUUAUUGCCAUAACCCCGGUGAAGCCCAGCAGCCCUCACGAAGAGACUCUUUUUGCUGGCACUGACGCAGAAGGUGAAUCUCACAUGGAUUAGUUUAACUCAGAUUGACCUCCUGGCCUUUUGUAUCAGAGACAUCCAACCAUUCCCACCCUCGGCCUGGGCGCUCGCCCUAAGAAAAUGCCUGUCUCCCGCCCAAGUGAAAAAGAUGUUUAGGGCGGUACAUCCGUGAUAGUGAAAUAUGGGAAAAUCUCCAAAGGCCUGACGCCAGGGGAGACUGGACACGUCUUCACACGAAGCUGUGCGGAAUGGCCUCUGUGUGGCCUGCAGGGAGACAGGCGGCGCGUGGGGACACGGCGUCGCACGGGGAAGCAGAAAGAUUCGGUGAGCGUGGCCACUUGCGACGGCUGACCCGCACAAAGGCUUAAAGGACGGCGGUCGGGAAAGAUGUGCAAGUGUGGCAGAGCUCACAAGCAAAAAGGGCUCCGUGGCCGUUAACGGCCCUGAACGCACAGCUCAAGGACACCAAGCUCCAAUCCACACUCAGCCCUGUGGUGUUCCUGGCCCAGCUGAUGUUGUUCUUGAUCAGUUUCAUAAGCUCCGUGUUCUGCGGCCACCUGGGCAAGCUGGAACUGGACGCUGUCACCCUUGCAAUUGCCGUUAUUAACAUCACGGGCAUUUCAGUGGGAUUUGGCUUAUCCUCUGCGUGCGACACCCUCAUCUCCCAGACAUUCGGGAGCCGGAACCUGAAGCACGUGGGGGUCGUCCUACAGAGGGGCGCGCUCGUGCUGCUGCUCUGCUGCUUCCCCUGCUGGGCACUCUUCCUCAACACCCAGCACAUCCUGCUGCUCUUCAGGCAGGACCCCGAUGUGUCCAGGCUCACGCAGACCUACGUCACCGUCUUCAUUCCAGCCCUUCCUGCGACCUUUCUUUACACGUUGCAAGUUAAAUAUUUGCUCAACCAGGGAAUCGUGCUGCCCCAGAUUGUGACCGGAGUUGCGGCCAACCUCGUCAAUGCCCUCGCCAACUAUGUGUUUCUCCAUCAACUGCACCUUGGGGUGACAGGCUCUGCACUGGCAAAUGUGAUCUCCCAGUUCACCCUGGCUCUACUGCUCUUCCUCUACAUCCUUGGGAAAAAGCUGCAUCAAGCCACGUGGGGAGGGUGGUCCCUUGAGUGCCUGCGGGACUGGGCCUCCUUCCUUCACCUGGCCAUCCCCAGCAUGCUCAUGCUGUGCAUCGAGUGGUGGGCCUACGAGGUCGGCAGCUUCCUGAGCGGUAUCCUCGGCAUGGUGGAGCUGGGAGCUCAGUCCAUCGUGUAUGAACUGGCAACCAUUGUGUACAUGAUCCCUUCUGGCUUCAGCAUGGCUGCCAGCGUCCGGGUGGGGAAUGCGCUGGGUGCCGGAAACAUCCAUCAGGCGAGGACGUCCACCGCGGUGGCUCUGCUGAUCACAGAGCUGUUUGCUGUCACCUUCUGUGUCCUGCUGUUGGGCUGUAAGGAUCUUGUGGGGUACAUUUUCACUACCGACCAAGACAUCAUUGAUCUGGUGGCUCAGGUGGUUCCCAUUUAUGCCAUAUCCCACCUGUUUGAAGCUCUUGCUUGCACAUGCGGGGGCAUUCUGAGGGGAAGUGGCAAUCAGAAGGUUGGAGCCAUCGUGAAUGCCAUCGGCUACUAUGUGGUUGGUCUCCCCGUCGGGAUCGCACUGAUGUUUGCGACCAAGCUGGGAGUGAUCGGUCUGUGGUCAGGGAUCAUCAUCUGUGUGGUCUCUCAAGCUGUGUGUUUUCUAGGCUUUAUUGUUCGGCUAAAUUGGGAAAAAGCCUGUCAACAGGCUCAGGUACAUGCCAAUUUGAAAGUAAAUGUGGCUCAGAAUGGGAGCUCAGCUCUCUCUCCGGAUGCCCUGCACCCAGGGGGCCCUGAAGACCAAGAAGGAAUUUUAAUGGAAGAUGUUGGGAAAAAAGGUCAGACUCAGUUGGAUCAGCAGGCGCACCAAGAAGAGCCUUUGCCCGCCUGUCCAAAGGGCAGCACUAGGCUGUCCUGGACGCAGCUGGGGCUGCAGCGCGGGCUCCUGCUCCUGGGGGUUAUUUUAGUCUUGCUGGUGGGCAUUUUCGUGAGAUUAUAUGUCAGAAUUCAGUGAUGCGGCAAGAGGGAGAGAAAGCCAUGUGACACUUUUGAGCUUACAAAGAGCCUUAGCAGUGACAAUUCAUGUUCAGCCAAUGUAAUUGAGCUGUGCCCAUGGACUUCAAGAAUUAGGAAUUUAAAAAUAUAUUUUUCUAAUGAAGAAGAAAAGAAGCUAAGGUAAAACUAUAUUAUGGUCAAAGACAAUGUCUGAAGGAUGGCGUUUGGGUAGUAAUUCAUCUACCACUGUGUCUACCAAGGACCGCCGAAUUACUGACCACACUGACCUAUGGCUUUGGUAUUGCUUUGCUCCCUGUUUGUUUUUAGACACAAACCCAUAAACUAAGUGCUUAAGAAUUCUUACUGUCUGAAUUAAAAUAUAUUUUACAAUA